GUGAUCACCGUUCGCUUACUCACGCCAUAGCACCUCACACAACAACAACCAGGGUCCCCAACACAGCAGGAGCAGGCAAGGACGAGGAACAGGAGUCGGGAAGGGCAAGCGGUUUCUCUGAGGCACUGAGGACGGAGGACGCACCACAACUCGAUUGUGGUCGCUCCUUGUCGGAGGCGAACCGUCAGCACCCACACACACGCAAGCUCGCGCUCACACGCCCAGCAAACACGGCUGCUGAUGGGAAACGAACACACCGGCAGCAAGGAGCUAUGGAGACUACGGCUUCGCGCGCAGCGCCACCGCACCGCCUCGCCAGGCCAGGGCUAAAGCGAGCGCGCACUCCCACGACGCUGAAGGAAGAGACCAAUGAUCAUAUUGCCUGGCAGCAGCAACAACCCCUUGGUGCUUUCGACCCCUCAGCGGCAGCGCAGCAUCGCACUCGGGGUCCUUGGCAGGGGGGAGAGGGUGCUUCCGCUACCGGAGGCGCCAAGGAUGAUGGUGGUUCUGUCGGCACCGGGGAAGGCGGCGGCGGCAGGGGUCAUCUCCGCGGGCCAGCGAGGCACCGGUCGGCAGCAGCGUCGCACGUGCCUCGCCAGCGGGCGUCGACGACAGCGGUCUUGGCGGUCGCCCUCUUGAGAGCGACCGCCGCGGCGGCGGCGGCGGCGGUGGCGACGGUAACCUCGCCUGUGCCCGCCGACUUCCGACCGGCGGCCACGGCGCUGUCGUCCAGGCUAUGCUCCCCGGCGGAAGGCUCCCGGGCCUACGUUACCACCAUCGCCGCCAUCGGCGGCGGCUUCGGGGCUUCGGGCGGAAGCAACGGGGACAAGAGCGGCGACCGACUGCUGGGAGCGAGGGUUCUGGCGCAGUCUCUGAGGUCCGCGGGCGCGAAGGGCGACAUCGUGGUGCUAGUGCCGCUGGAGAGGGCGACCGGGCCGACGUUGGACUCGCUUCGGAGGGACGGACUCACGGUGCAGAUCGUGCCCAAGGGGCUGCAGUCCGCCGGAGGAGAGAUCGUAUCCGAGGAGCUGAUGACCAAGGUCUCCCUUUGGAGCCUGACGUCCUACGACCGCGUCGUGUUCCUAGACCCCCGAUCGCUGAUCCAGAAGAACCCGGACGCCCUGUUCGCUUGCGAGGGCUUCUGCGCGGCGGGGGCCGUGCACUCGCCGUCCUCGUCCCCUUCGUUUCAGCCUGGCUGGGCGCAGGAGGCCGGAGCUGCGGUCGGUGCCGCCGCGCAGCAGCAGCCGCCGCCGGUGUCUCUGGCGCACGGGUUGGGAGGCAGCGGUGAGGAGGACGACGACGAUGACGAGCACGACGGAGUUGCGGCGGCGGCCGCGGCGGCGGUUCUCGAGAAGCCACUCUCGGUUCCGCCAUCUUGGCAGCCCUCCACCUCCGUCAUGGUCCUGGAGCCGUCGCUGGAGGUGCACGCGGCGAUGCUGGACAAGCUCACGCGGACCCCGGCGGCCGGCAGCCUCGAGGCGCAGGUGUUCCUGUCCUCGUUCUUGAUGGGGGCCGGCACCGACGCCGGCGACCGGUGCACUCAGUUCGAAGACCCGGUCGAGAACGCGCCGUCCGACCGCGGACGGAGCCGCGGCGGCGGGCUUGUAGCAGGACAGGGUGGCGGCGGCGGGUGGGAGGACGAAGAAGCAGGAGGGGCUAUUUUCCAAGGCGACGGUGGGUUCGGUGACGCAGGAGUAGAUGGCGGUGGCAGCUUCUUGGAGGACGCACUCAUGCCGGUGGUGCUCCUGAACGGGCCGCACGUCCCCCGGUGCAGUGCAGGGCGCAAGCGCACCUCGGAGGGCGUGUGCCAGCGCCUGCCAUACACGUUCGCGGCGCCGUCCACCGACUUCCAAGGCGGCAAGAACAGCUGGGGGGGCGGGGCGCAGAAGGACGACAGGGUGACUCCGGAGCCGCACAUCGUGCACUUCGCCGACGAGGACACGCCGUGGAAGAGGCUGGCGUACCUCCACAAGCCCCUGUUCUGGAAGUGGAACGCGUACCGGGAGCAGCUCGAGUGCCCUUACGGCAACUUCUUCGCGCCGUGGGUGCUCUUCUUCAUCCCCUGCGUCGUCCUCGCGUUCGCGCGCGUCUACUACAAGACGGCGAGCGGCGGCAGCGGCGGCAGCGGCCGCAACCGCCGGACACCCUACGGCGGCGGGGGCGGCGCCGCAGACUUGCCGCAGGACGGUUGCUCCCCUUCGAAGAGCCGGAUCCCCUGGCUGCGGAGUACGAAGCAGCUGCCGGAGCACCAGCAGCACCAGCAGCAGUUAGCCAUCCUUCCCGCUUGCCGGAUGGCCGCUGCGUACGACGGCGCCGCCACCGCCGGCGCCGGCUGUCUCGAGGCGGCAGCGGCGUCCAGGAUUAGAAACUCGUCGGGCGGCGGCGGGGGCGGCGGCGGCGUCUGCAUCGCGGUCGGGGCGGACCCAUCCUCCUCGUUCCCCCCCUCCUGUCUCGCGGCAGGAGGAGGAGGAGGAGGAGGAGGAGGAGGAGAGCAGCAGUUACCGUUAGGGGUGUGCUACGUCCUGUCGACGCUGGUGGGAAUGUUUGGUCUGUUGUGGUUUCGGGGGGCGAGGGCGCUAGCGCGCGAGGUGGUGGACGCCGGGUGGCACCCUGUUAUCUCGGUCUCGGUGCACGACGCCUGGCUGUGCUGCGCCCUGGUCGUCGGGCUGUACGUGAUGGACUACCUGUUCUUCGCCCUGGUGACCCGCGGCCGAACGCUGCCGAAGGACUCGGUUGCCGUGGCCGCCGUUGUUUUUGCGGCCCGAUUCCUGCAUUCCAUGGCGAUGGACGGCGAGGGGAGCAGCAGCGGCGGCGGCGGCGGCGGCGGCGGGGGCGUGAUCUGGGCGGGCGUCGUCGGUGCGGGGGUCAUCGCGCUUGGCUUCGGCCACGGCAGUCGCGCCGGCGUCGUGCACCACCUGUCCGGCCGCGCCCACUUCCGCUGCGUGGCGGCGAGCUGCGUCGUUAACACGGCGAUCUCGCUUGCAGUGUGCUGUGCUGGACCGGAAGCGCACCGAGUGGCGACCCGCCGCAUCCAGUCGGCUGCCGUGACGGCGCAGAUGGUGUUCAUCGCGCUGGUCUACGCCUCGGUGAUCGGCGGAGCUCGCCUGCGGUCCGACAUCGACGAGGCAGGCUCGAAGAUCGGCCGCACGUGCUCCUCGGCCUCUUUCGUGGCGGACGCGUUGAUCGGGGCGGCGUCGGGCAAGGGCGGGAGCAGCACGUCGGCGGGGGCGGCGGGGGCGGCGGUGGUGGCGGCGGUGGCGGCGGCAGUGGCGGCACCGUCUUCGUUGUUGGUGGCACAAGAGAGAGCGUCGGAGGGCCGCGCUAGCGGUGUCGUCGUCGGAGGAGGAGGGGGAGGGGGAGGGGAGGGAGCACAGCGGUGGAGCGCCGUCUCGUGGAUAAAAAAGCUCACGUGGCACCGGCGCCGGGUGGCGGCGGGCAUCGCGCUCCUGGUUCUCUGGAAGGUGUCCUCGGCGAACCUCCGACCGGCGAGCCCAGCCAGGCACUUCGAGAAGUACGGCCAGUCUUGUCUCGAGAGCCAGGCCGGGUUCGUCGAGGCGGGCGGCAAGCGCCUGUCCAGGGUGUGCGGGGCGGAGCAGGCGCUGCGGCCGGUCGCGACGGGGGCCUACUUCGAAGCCUUCCGGCAGGACAAGGUAUGCCUCGAGGUCGCGGGCGGGGGCUUCCUGACCCUGGGCCGGGUUCACGUCGCCCAGGCGUGCCUCCCGGAGUUCCAGUUCGUGUUUCAAGAGGUAGCGCCAACCAAGCUGUCGUCGAAGGACAAGGGCGACGGCAGCGGCGGUGGGGGGAGACUGGUCGUCGGGGGGGGCACCGCCGCGGAGAGCGUCGAGUACUGCAUCUAUAACCCCGCGUCCGGGUUCUACCUUAGCGCGCAGGGCCGCCCGAGAGCGCAGUGCGGGGCGAUGGAGCACUGGCGCGUGAGGGCGGCCCCGCUCGCGCCUGGCCUGAAGGGCGGCGGCGGAUCCUUGGCCGGGUCAGGGGGGACCUCGACGAAGGCGAAAUCGGCGUUUUCGGCGCUCCUCCACCCGAACUUCCUCUCGCGGGCCCCCCUGCUCACCUUCUACGGGUAUCUCCUAGCGGCGACGGCUCUGCUCGUCGCCAGGGCCCUGUUCUCGAUGCUGGCGACGUCGCCGUGCGUGGGGGCGACCGGCCGCGGCAGCAGCAGCGGCAGUGGUGGUGGUGGCGGCCACAAGCACCACCGGGAUCUCGGCGCGCGGCAGCGGUCGAGGGGACGGGCUCACUCGCGUUCUCACGGUAGCAGCUUUGGCGGCUUCGUCGACACCGGGUAUCUGGGCGACCCGGGCUACGCUGGGGACGCGGAGACCGGUGGCGAGGUUACGCGUGGUCCCUCCGUUUCUCCUGUGGCAGCGGCGGGAGGCCAGCGGCCGGAGUGCAUGGGCUGGGAUGUUGACGUGAUGGACAUGGAGAGACUAGGCAGCGCUGGGGUUUCAGGGGCAGGGGGGAGGCCGGCGAGGCACCCGUUGAGAAGAGAGGCGUCUUCCUCCGCCGGCUCCGCCGCUCCCACCUGUGGCGGGUUGCUGUCCAAGGUGCUCUCCGGGCUGGUCGUCGCCUGCGACGCCACGCUGUUGGCCGGCCUGUGGUGCCUCGUCCCGGCGCACUUCGCGCAGGCGAUGACCGCGCUGACGCGGGAUCACCACUCGGCGAUUGACCAGGGCCUAGGCAUGGACUCCAACGCGGCCCCGGCGGACAACAUCUGGUCCAGGAGUCUAGGAGAAGGGGUCGACAGCGGCGGCGGCGACGGUGAGGCGGAGUCGGAGGCGGCGGCGGCGGUCUCGUGCGACAGUGGGGCGUGGUGGGUCAUGUCGGCGCUCGUGCGCUGGCACCUGCUGUUUCUGCUGGUGGCGUUCUGCCACCUGCACGGCGCCGUCAGCGCGUCCUCCUCCGCCGCGAGCACGCAGCGGUGGCGAAACCGCCGCACGGGCAAGAAGGCCAAGGCCUCCGCCGGCGCCGCCGAGCUCCGCCGCCGCUCGCCCCGGUCGUUCUGGGGCCUCCGGUCCGGCGAGCGCCUGGCGAUGCGGCUGCGGACGGCGAUGGGGGUCCUGACGCUGCUGUUGCUGUCGGCGGUGCUGCUGCUGCCGGAGAGGUCCGGCCUGCUGUUCGCCGGGCUCCACAAGCACCCCGGCUGGGCUCGGUGCGCUCCGGCGGCCGGCCUGGACGAGUCAUGGGGCGUCGUGUCGCCCUUGCUCGUGUUCGCCGUGCUGGCGGCGACUUGCGGUGUGUACCUGCGGGCCGGAUCCUCGCCGGCCGUUCGCUGCCUCGCCGCGGCCGCGCUCGUGGUGGCGGGGGCGGCGGUCGCGGCGGCGUCAGGGCGGGAGUAUCUAGUCCUCGCCCUCGCCGCGGCGGCGAUGGACUGGGCGGCGUGGGCGAUCGCCGGGGUGAUGUCGUGCGUCUGCUACCAGACCGAGGAGGACGGCGAUGGGGGCGGCUUGUCGACGACGGCCGCGGCCCCGCGGCCGCGGCCGGCGGCGGCGGAACGAGAAAGCAGCGGGAGUACCGACGGCGGCGACGGUGGUCGCAGGACCGUCACGUCGACGGGGACGUCGAGAGGCAGCGGGGUGCGGCAUCGCAUGAACGAAGCGGCGCGGCGGAUGUCGCCGACGCGUUGGGUGGUCGGUAUUCGUGGGAGGGGCAGGAACGGAGGACGGGUACUGGGGGAAUCGGUGGCGAGGAGCGCCGAGUCGAAUCUCUAGAGUUUACCUGAGGUCGUUGGUAUGUCGUGGUGUAUUUAUUUGCUCCCUGCCGCCGUUCUUUUGUGUUCGUCGUAAGGGUGAAAUUUUGAACGCGGUGCGUGUCUGAUUUGAGAUUCCCCUCGUGCAACAUAUUAGCUCUAGCCCGCGAACCUUUGCUUCGCAGCUGGUAUCUCUUCAGCAGUUGGGCUGGGGGGAAAAGAAGAAAAUUGUUCAUGUCUUCCGCGUUGUCUUUGUUGUGUCAUGUGAAGUAGCGACGAAUGCCGGUGACGGCGUUAUUUUUUAUAUUUUUUGUGUGAGUGGCGUGUUUGCGCGAAGUGUCUAGGGGCCGUACGAGCAGAUGCAGUAAGAGGGUAUGACUAGAUUGAUGUGAGGGUUUGAUUGUUGAGCAGCUCUAUUCACUUCCCGCCUGUGCACUUUUCACGCCAUAUGUGGUGGUGUGCGGCCGGCGACUAUCCUCAUCGUCCCGGCAAAAAAAAAAUGCUUGCUCGUCGCCUUGUGUCUGUUGUUGAGGGCUACCUGCUGCGUUUCUGGUUGCGCCCUUGGCGUGCGCCCUGAAGCAUGCGCGUCUUGUUAAGUUUUUGAUCGUGCCGCCUUGAAACCGGUGUCGAGACUUGCGGGGUGUCCAGUUCGAUGGUGCGGCUAGGUAGAGUACAGAUGAGUAUGCGUUUUUCCACACGACACCGAGGGGCCCCGCAGAUAGCAGCGGUUGUUCUUGCGCCAGGCACCCACUUCUUGUUUUUACCUGUUUUUGGUUUGUUCAGCUCUUGGGGAGGUUCGAUCACGGCGGUCCCCGUCUUUUCUUUGUUGCCCAGCACUACUGUACAAUGACUUUUGUUCUGUUGUCGGUCGGUGCUUGUGGACCGGCCGGGCACCGAAAGGGAGGUUCGGUCCGUUUCUGCCUCAACAAAGCUCUGACAUGUGGCAACUGGCCCUUGGGGCGCGCAGAUGAAAUCGCCUGCAGCCAAGUCCACAGCAAUUUUGUUUUUUUUUGUGCGUGUGUGAGGCGGAGGGCAAGUCGCCGUGUUCUGUAGUGUCGAUCUUGAAGUGAGCUCUCGCCGGUGUUCCCCAGACCUCGUCAGGGCUCUGUUUCCCUCUCAACAUGAGAAGAAAUGGAGCCAGCUGCGUCCGUUUGCGGGCGCGGUCGACGGGUCUGUAUUACACCAGACGAUGUAGAAGUCACUGCAGUUGUGUUUCUUGGGCGUGGUGCAAGAUGCAACCGUGGAGAGGGCGGCGGAGGGUCCCGUGAGAUACGGGAGGCGUGUAAGGCACUGUGCUGCUUUGUCGUAAGAUGGCACGAUCUGCUUUCGGCAAUGCUCUUGUGCUAGCGGCGUUUCGUUGCCGCGGUUGGACGUGGUGUUUUGUGUCACAGGUGUAAUACGGGGCGAGAGUCUGCCGCAGGUAUUUUUUGGGUCGUGAAGGAGGUUGAUCCAGUUUGCGAGGAAAGGGGGGCGUGUGCUGGUCUCGCGUCAAAAACGAAGGGAAAAAAAGUCCCAUGUCCAUCCCCACUUAUUUGUUGAUUAUGUUUGGGUUUUUGGUAGCUUCCAGUACUGAUUUUGCCUGUUUUUACGAGCUCGUUGAUGGUGUGGUGGCGUGCUGGGUAAGGUGACACACGACAGCAGUUGGUGUCGCGUUGAAUGUCGUUGAUUCGAAGUAGGUGCUGUAUGGCGUCGUGCAGGAAAAGCGCGAAAAGGAGGAGGGGAAGUGCUGUCUGACAUGAUGAUUUUCCGAUCGAAGAACCACUGGGGGGCGAAGCGAGGCAAUUCUUUACACCGAAGAGACGGGCGACCUUUCGCUGCAUCAAGAAACAACGCAGGUCUUGACCAAACGCAUCUAUUCCGUUUUCACGUAUUUGCGCAACAAUUUAUUCGUUUAAUGCAUACGUUGUCUGCUUCCCCUGUCAGUAUUAUGAAGGCUCGCCAUCUUAAUAGCUGCCUGCCUUCGUCACGCUCGUCGUCUGAUAAUUUUGAGUCGAUCGACGAAAUACGUCAAGGGUUUGGGAGCCGAUCCGCGAAAGACAAGGACUUGAAGACCCCCGCAUGACGGCCCCUCCUCACGAACAUAAUCACGUCCUCAAUGGCAAAUCGAGAAACUGAGAUUUUCUCUUAGCUCAUGAAUUCCCAGGCCGUUCCGUCCUGGCGAUGACCUCGCGUGACCAAACUGACGGCAAGAAGUCUCUCGGCGCGCCUCGUCGAGUUGACGGAAGGGCGGUAGCUUCAGUGCAACACCUCUGUCAAUGCUUGCAAACAUUUCCGCCCGCAAACUUGAAGCAUGACCGGGAACACCAUCAUCAUGCCCCCCCCCCACAACAAGACUGA